CCAGUCAGCUCCAUUCAGUUUAAAAUCUUGUGUUGAGUUUUUCGAGCGUUAGUCGACGUUGAAUUACCUCCGAAGAAGAAAGGUGUAGAGCUGGGAGUUCUUGUUCAGGCGGAUACGACCAGCCUAUCAGUGAAAAACUUUCUUACAGUCUUCUGUCGGAGAAAAGAUAGUGCACUCUUUGGUGUAGGACUACUGAAACUUAUCAUAGAUGCAAAGUGAACAGAUAGCGUGAUAGUGUCUUAGCGUAAUUAAAUGCGUUCGUUGUGACCAAAAGUAGAUUUUCGGUUAUGAUGAUUACUAUAUUGUUGUCGAACGUUUUAAGGUGAUUUUUCUCGGAGUGCGUUUUGGAACAACAGAGUUUCAAGCCUGCUGACGCUAACAAGACAGUUCGUUAGUUCUCGUGUCUUCCUUAAAUAUUCAUCUAACAUGCAGCAAGAGUGAUUAUUUGCUAAGCUAAUAGAAGACCACUUGUAGAGUGUCUUGAGAUUUAUAAAUUUAUGCAGUGCGGAUUGGUCUCAUCCAAUUUCUCCUCCGGUAAAAGUCAAGAAGGAUUCACUGAAAACAUUGUACGAAGUGGAGAAAACCAGUGCGAUUUUAAUUAGUUCUCAUCUGCAGCUUCCCGAUUCAGUUAAGUUCUUCGGUUCACCUCAUUACGCGUUAUAGAAAAUUGCAGAUUCCAGCACGGGACCGUCAACAAGACAAUUGAAUUCCUUCGACAAUGUUGCUUCCAAACAUAUUACUUUUGAUCGGGUUGUGUGUGGUAUACGCUUUGGCCCAACCAACCACUGAAGACUAUGAGGGCGUUGCUCAACCAAGGAUUUAUUCACCUGAUUCACAAACAUUGGACUAUGUCUAUCAUAAUCACGAUGAAAUGACACGAUUUUUAAGAGCGACUAGUGCACGGCAUCCCAACUUAACAGCACUUUACUCCAUUGGUAAAUCCAUACAAGGCCGCGAUCUUUGGGUGAUGGUGGUCUCAUCAUCUCCAUACGAGCAUAUGAUUGGAAAACCGGAUGUGAAGUAUGUCGGCAACAUUCAUGGAAAUGAACCCGUUGGACGGGAAUUGCUCUUGCAUCUGAUCGAGUAUUUUGUGACCAACUAUCACACCGAUCCGUACGUUAAAUGGCUUCUAGACAACACGCGCAUCCACAUUCUGCCAUCAAUGAAUCCUGAUGGGUAUGCUGUCUCUAAGGAGGGAGGCUGUGAUGGAGCUCAAGGAAGAUACAAUGCACGCGGCUUUGAUCUAAAUCGGAACUUCCCUGAUUACUUCAAACAAAACAAUAAUCGCGGUCAACCUGAAACGGAUGCUGUGAAAGAAUGGAUCUCAAAGAUACAAUUCGUGCUGAGCGGUUCGUUGCAUGGCGGGGCAUUGGUUGCAAGUUACCCAUAUGAUAAUACACCAAAUGCUAGAAUAUGUCGAUCGUCAGCACUAUGUGCGAUGUUCCAGAGCUACUCGUCCACCCCGUCACUAACCCCAGAUGAUGAUGUGUUCAAACACCUUUCACUUACCUAUGCCAACAAUCAUAAGAAGAUGUCUCGCGGCGUGGCAUGCAAGUCAGCAUUUCCAGCGUUUGAAAAGGGUAUAACUAAUGGUGCGGCAUGGUAUCCGCUAACAGGAGGCAUGCAAGAUUAUAACUACGUUUGGUAUGGUUGCAUGGAAGUAACACUCGAGAUCUCUUGCUGUAAAUUCCCUCCAGCUCAAGAAUUGCGAAGGUAUUGGGAUGAUAAUCAAUUGUCAAUGAUUAAGUUCCUCGCUGAAGCUCAUAGAGGAGUCCAAGGCUUCGUAAUAGAUGCGAGCGGUAUACCAGUUGAACGUGCUUCCUUAAAAAUUAAAGGUCGCGAUGUUGGAUUCCAGACAACACGAUAUGGAGAAUUUUGGAGAAUAUUACUUCCAGGAGUAUACAAAUUAGAGGUUUAUGCCGAUGGAUUUAUCCCGAAGGAAGUAGAUUUCGUUGUUGUUGAACAACAUCCGACAUUGUUGAAUGUAACACUUCAACCCGGCAAGCGUUCCGAUGGGCCACACUUCAGACCGUUUGUAGCUCCCCCGCACUAUCGACCACAGCCAGAACGUGACCAAGGCAUAUUCUCAUCGAUUAGCAACGGUUUGAAUGGACUUUACAACAGCAUUUUCGGAUGAGGUCGACCCACACUCAUUGUAUUUUAUUUGCAAUCCAAACAUUCUAAAUUAAGUCAUUUCACAUUAUUCAUCACAUUAUCAUUCUUAGUGUUAAUUACUUCACCGCGAUAUUUUAUAAUAUCUUAUGUGCAAAAGAUUAUAUCAGUUAUUUUGUGAUAUUUGAAGACAUUUAAAUUUGUAUGUUCAUCUUUGUUGGAAAAUUGUUUAUAUACAAAUCCGCAUAUCAAUGCUGAGCAUCUUUUUAUAUUCUUGCACGAGCACUGUACUGCCUUCAUAAAUCGUAGAUACAAAAUUUUGACAAUAAAAGUCGAGAAAUAUCAAAAAAAAACAUUGCGAUAGAAGUAUGAGCCUAUCGACGAAUUGAAAUAAAGAAACAAUCAUAUUAGUUUAAGAAAAAUUUACAAGAUACUAUAGAGAUAAAUAUUAGAUAAAAAUAUUUAUUCUUGUAUCUGUUGAAAUAUAGUAACGACAUAUG